UGUACACGAUUUCUCCAUGUGCGGUAAGAGUCUAUACAUAGAGAAAACUUACAACAAUAACACUUGGAUUAGAGGUUUAAACAUUUUGUAAAAUGGUGUUUUGGAACAAUUACAAUCCAUAUUUCAAUGAAAUCAUUUUUUAAGAGGAGAUACUUUUACGAUCCAUUUUGUGUAGCUGUAACCGGAAGCAGUGACAGACGCAGGUACCUUUACAAUUGUAUAGGCUCGAGGCCUAGUUAGUUUGAACCCAGAUUGUUCGAAAACUGGUCCGUGGUCACUGCACACCCUCUAAACAUGCACUGUAUGGAUGAAGUUUAAGCAGACAGACCCAAAAGAACCGACCAGAAAACAUGAUUCGGACCAGGACUUUUUUACAGAGAGAAAAAAGAAAGAUCCAGGCGGAUCUAUAUGAAAAAGUAGUCAGGGGAGAAGAUGAUAUUGAAUUAUCGUUCCAAAAAUAUAGAGACCUGCUGAAUGAACACAUUAUUGUGGGUACAACCAAGAGGUGUGAUUGUUCAAACGUUUUGGAGAAUCAUCCACUAAAGCAGAAAAAUGUCAUUGAACAAGGACUGAAGAUCGUGCUAGGAAAUAUUACCAGGGGAUACUGCACCUGUUGGGAAAAUGACGUAAACCAUUUCUACAAAAUCACCGCCUCUAUAAGCCUGGUGCAUGCCGCUGCAGGGUUUGGACACAUUAAAAUUUUGAAUUUACUGAAAAAAUACAGUUGUGAUAUCAAUGCCAAGACAAAGAAUAACAAAACACCCUUAUAUUAUGCAGUGAAGACUCGACAGUUAGAUAUCAUAGACUACUUACUAAGCUUAAGUGUUAAUGUUAACAUUCCUGUUUAUCCUGAAAAAUUCACUCCACUUCAUGAAGCAAUUGAUUUACGGUACAUGGAUGUCAUUAAUAAACUUUUAACUGUAAAAUGUUUGAAUAUAAACAAAAGAAACACCGAUGGAGAAUCCCCCCUUCUUCACGCCGUUCGUAUUUCUUUCCACGAGGCAUUUGAGUCUCUUUUGAAGGCAGGAGCAAACUGCGAUGUCCAGGAUGAGAAGGGAAACACUGCUUUAAUGAUGGGAGUCAUUCAUGGUAUGGAGUAUGUCCAACCACUUAUCAAUAAAGGGGCAAACCUCAACAUAAAAAAUAAAAGGAAUCAAACUGCAAUGACAUUUGCCCUGCAACUACCUAUGUCAAAGAAAACAGAAAUGGAGAGGUAUUUAGUCAAGAAUGGAGCAGAACCCAAUGUGAUUGGAGAUGAUGGUAACCCGUUCACUGUACUUGCAAGCAAUGCAGGUGACAUUGAUGUCACACAGGAACUAAUCAAACAAGGGGUAAACGUAGCAUCCAGAAAUGCUCGAAGUCAAACUGCCUUGCAUGGAGCUUCAUGGAAUGGUUAUACCGGUUUUGUUAAUCUGCUGCCGAAAAUAAGAUUAGAAUGUGACACGAGGAGCUAUGAUGGUAACACUCGAUUGUCCUUGGCUGUCCAAAGAAACCAACUUGAAGUUAUUAACAAAUUGCUUCCUCGAGGUUGUAAUGUUAACAACGUGGACAAGGAUGGCAACACCCCUCUAUUGUAUGCUACACUCAACCGCAACUUAAAAAUGGUCUCCAAGUUAGUUAAUGCUGGUGCCAACCCAGACUGUAGAAAUGCACAAGGUCAAACUGCCUUGCAUAUAGCCGCAUGGAAUGGCUAUACAGAUAUUGUUGAUCUGUUGCUCAAAACAGGAAUGGAGCAAGACACACGGACUAAUGAUGGCAACACUCCACUGUCCUUGGCUGCUCAUGGAAACCAUCUUGAAGUUAUCAACAUGUUGCUACCUCUGGGAUGUAAUGUUAACAAUGUCGACAAAGAUGACGACACGCCACUACUGUAUGCCACAUUCAACAGCAAUUUAAAAAUGGUCUGCAAGCUGGUGAACGCUGGUGCAGAUCCAGACUGUAGAAACCAUCACAACACCACCCCACUGUGGAAUGCUAUCUACAAAAAUGACCAGGAUACCAUCAGAUAUUUACUUGUAAAGAAUGUGGAACUGGAGGUGUCAUCGCGAGGCAUAGACCACCAUGCUCGAUCAGACGUUGCCACUCUAAUAUACCCCGUGCCGAGAUCACUGCUUUAUGUGGCAGCCCUUCAGUGUUCUGUCGAUGUAGUGAUGACUCUCAUUCUGGCUGGCUAUAACAUUUACAAGGAAUUGAUCCCAUACGACAUUUCAACACCAAUGCGUGGGGUGCUAAUUAAAUUUUCUUCCUCUCCCUCUAGUCUUUUGUCCAUUUGCAGAGUGUUUUUUAGAAGAAGGUUUAAGGGAAAUGUGAAAGAAAAUGUUAGUUCUUUGAAUAUUCCUGAAAAUCUAAAAAAUAGUCUGAUGUUGAAAAAUUUCAUUCCAGAAGAAUUUUUCAAGAUGUAGAGAAUAUUAAUCUUAAACCAUUGUUUUUGAAUUGUCAAAUAUUAAAAUUUAAAAAGUUUGUGUCUAGUUGUGAUAUGUAAUUUAAAGAUCUGUUCACAUGCACA